AAAAGUAGGUAACAAAAUAAAAGAAGUAAAUGGAUGGAGAAUAGGAGUAGUUAUUUUGACUUCAACGAAUAUAAAUAGUAAACAAAAGUGAGAAGAGGGGAUGAAUUGAGAAAGGUGAGAAUAGAAUCGGAAUUGGGGAUCUCUAAUUUAGGGAUGGGGAUCAGAUUCAUAUUAAUGGUGAAUAAGCAAGGACAAACUCGUCUUGCACAGUAUUACGAAUACCUCACUCUUGAAGAAAGACGUGCCCUUGAGGGUGAAAUUGUCCGCAAAUGCCUUGCCCGCAACGAACAACAGUGUUCAUUUGUGGAGCAUCGUAACUACAAAAUUGUCUAUAGGCGAUAUGCCUCCCUCUUUUUCCUUGUUGGAGUUGAUAAUGAUGAAAAUGAACUAGCUAUUUUGGAAUUCAUUCACCUCUUAGUUGAAACUAUGGAUCGUCAUUUUGGCAAUGUGUGCGAGCUAGAUAUCAUGUUUCAUCUUGAGAAAGCGCACUUCAUGCUGGAGGAGAUGGUAAUGAAUGGGUGUAUUGUUGAGACGAGCAAGGCGAAUAUUCUGACUCCAAUUCAACUAAUGGACAAAGCAUCAUAAGUAAUUCACUCUUACGCACAAAGCAUUAUGAGUUUAUGGUGAACCAUUUGUUUCGUGAAGUGCUCCUUCUUUGGUUUGUAUGAAGAAAGCAAUCAUUAUUUCCGUUACAACGCUAAACAUCUCUUUUGACAAUAUAUAUAUAUAUAUAUAUAUAAGGAGGAUCGAGUGCUUUGGUUA